GGCUUCAACAACAACCAGGACGACCGCCUCACCCUCGUCGACGGCGGCGAGGACGGCCAGGUGAUCCCGUUGGCGCCGCUGAUCCAGCCCGUGCGCAACGUCGACAUGGUCCUCACCCUCGAUUCGCUCCGCGAGGGCACCAACGGCUGGCCCGCCGGCUACUCCAUCUACGCCACCUACCUGCGCUACUCGUCGCUCGCAGGCCAGUUUGGCAGUGCCGUCAAGAUGCCCGCCGUGCCUGCGGGAGCCGACUUUGUCGGCCAGGGCCUCAACACGCGUCCGACGUUCUUUGGUUGCAGCGACACGGACUCGCCCAUUGUCAUCUACGUGGCAAACUACCCCUGGUCGACGCUGAGCAACUUUACCUCGGACCAGUUCCAGUACGACCUGGCGACGUCGCAGCUGGGCCUCGACAACGGUGUCGAGGCCGCCACCCUGGGUGGGCUCACUGCCGGCACCGACAUCUCGUGGCCCACGUGCCUGGCGUGCGCAGCGAUGCAGCGCGCGCUGGAGCGCACAAAGAUGGCCCGGCCCAAGCGGUGCGACACAUGCAUGAAGCUCUACUGCUGGGACGGCGAGACGAGUAGCUCGGACACGUCGGCCGCGUAUGCGCCCAGCGUCGGACCGCCCCAGUGGGUCAUCGACAAUGCCAAAACCACAUCGGCCUCACAGGGCACACAGGGCUCAGGGGGAGGGACUCAGGGCGGCGGCGCGGACGGCGCGGUUCACUUGAAGCUCCCUCAUGCUCUUGCGCUGGCGUCCAUAUUCAUUGCUACCCUUGCGCUUCUCUAG